AGGUUUAGGCCCAAAACCUAAAUUAAAACCCUCUUAUAAAAGCUACAAAAUCCAGAGCACUCCGACUUCCUCACAUUCCUAGGGUUUCUCUGUAUCUCUCCUUCGGCUUCCCCAACCUCUCUGCAUUCGGCGGCUCAUCCUCAACCUGCAACCAUGCCGUCCCACAAGUCAUUCAUGAUCAAGAAGAAGCUCGCCAAGAAGAUGAGGCAGAAUCGUCCCAUCCCUUACUGGAUCCGUAUGCGUACCGACAACACCAUCAGGUACAAUGCGAAGAGAAGGCACUGGCGCCGUACCAAGCUCGGGUUCUAAGGUGUUAAUCAUAAUAUUUCUGCACUUGUUUGGUUUUAUUUUGCGGUAGUGGUUUUUUUUGAAGGGGAUUAUUAUCAUGUAAGGUUUCAUUUCGUAGAACAAUGACAAUACUAUGGUAUUUUUAGAUUUGAAUUAUUUCUUGUUGGAACCCCUGUAAUCAGAUGCUUUUCAUAGCAAUUAUUUAGUAAUACGACUGUUUUGUUGUGUUUCUAUUUA